CGGGGUUCCGUAACCCUAUGAGAGAAAAGAUAGUUUGUUGUGGCGUCUGUGAAAGCGAAAGUGUGGCGCAGGGCGCUAAUGCCGAUAAGAUAAGGACCAUGCAUGCGAGGCGCAGGCACCCAUACCACAUCACGUUCUCAUACAAACCAAACACAAUUCUUAAAAGUGAUACUAAUGUGAGCGAGCAAAGAAAACUUCCGACCUCAAAAAUGGGCAUCUACGCCAUCGGCUCCAACGGCUCCGGCCAACUAGGAAUAGGCCACGAAGAAGACGUCUCCGUCCCCAAAGACGCCCAAUUCCACGCCUCUUUCCCCCCCACCUCCGGCGGGCCUAUGACCAUCCGCGGCGGCGGAAACCACACCCUCCUCCUCACCCCCACCGGCAUGCUGCUCAGCUCCGGCGCCAUCACCCACGGCGCGCGCGGUCGCUAUUUUCUGCCGCCUACUACGACGAGGAGUUUCAGUCCGGUGUUAUUGUCGUUCUCCGCCUCCGCUGAGGCAGAGGCACAGGUCCCGCCCGACUCGGAUGAGCUGUGGGGACCGGACGCUUUUAAAUCUGCGGAGGCGGAUAUUAAAGCUAACCCGAAAGUCACGCACUGCGCAGCGAUGUGGGAAUCCUCCGUCGUCGUCGCUGCCGAUGCGGCGGGGAAAGCACGGGAUGUAUAUACCUUCGGCAUGGGCCAAAAAGGGGAGCUCGGACAAGGACCCCUAAUCAUCCGCUCCCCACGCCCCGAACUCCUUCCCAAUUUUCCGCCACCAGACACCGAAAUCGUCGACCUCGCAGCGUGUAUGGGCCACGUGAUCGCCGUCCUCGACAACGGGGACGUAUACGGCUGGGGCAACGGACGGAAGGGACAGCUUGGGGAACUGGCGGAGGUGGUGCAUGAGCCGAGGAAGAUAGAGGGUAUUACUUUCCCUGUUACGCGCGCGGUUUGCGGGAGGGAGUUUACGUAUUUACUUGGUGCUAAGGGGGGAGGGGAGAGCGCGUUUCUUGGAAAGGAUAAAUGGGAUGUUAAACCCCCUGCUGAUGCGGAUAUCAAGGGCUGGAUUGACGUCGGGGCGGGAUGGGGAAAUAUCGUUCUCCUAAAAGACAACGGAAACGUGCUCUCAUGGGGCCGAAACGACCACGGCCAAUGCGCACCCCCCGACUUACCACCGGUAGACAAGAUAGCAGUAGGCAGCGAGCACACCCUCGCACUUACGCGCGACGGAGACGUUCUGGCCUGGGGAUGGGGGGAGCAUGGGAAUUGUGGGCCGGGGAAGGAGGAUGUGAGGGUUAAGGAUAAUGUGGUUGCGAGUUCGAAGCAUUUGCCUGAGGGGAGUAGUAUUGUUUCUAUUGGGGCUGGGUGCGCGACGAGUUGGGUUUGUGUUCUUGAUGGGUGA